AUGAGAUUUUUGAACGCCGUCUUGGCCGCGGUGGCCAUCAACGGUGUCACCGCCAGCACAUGGUUCCCUGGCUCGAAGCCUGUAUACAACAAAUGGCACGAGACUGAGCUAGAGCGCUGGCUCUCAGACCACGAUGUCCCCUACCCAACACCCGCCGACCGCAAGGAUCUCGAGUCCUUGAUUGAGAAGAACUGGGAGAAUUACGUUGUUACUCCUUACAACAGCUGGGACACUAACCAACUCAGCUCGUACUUGCAAUCAAAGGGCAAGGAAGCCAAGAACGAGGCCGCUGCCUCAAAGGAUAGCCUUUUGUCCCAGGUCAAGGCCAGCUGGUAUGAGACUGAGGACAACGCCCAAUCUGCCUGGCUCAACGUCAAGGAUUGGAUCCUCGACACUUGGACUGAGAGCCAGCUGAAGGCAUUUGCCGACAAACAUGGAAUUCCCGUCCCUCAACCCCGCCACCGUGACACCCUUCUCCAGAAGGCUCGUUCUAGUUACGAGACCGUUGCCAAGAAGGCCAACCAGGCCUCUUCGUAUCCUGGUAACUGGCUCUACGAAACAUGGUCAGAGUCUGAUCUCAAGGAGUGGCUUGACACCCAUGGAUUCCCCGCCCCUCAGCCCAUGACACGCGAUAAGCUUAUUGCUUCCGUUCGACGCAACUCUCGUCUUGCCUACCUCAAGGCUCAGGACCAGGCCGCUAGUGCCACCGCCAGCGCUCAGGGAGCAUAUGCCACUCUCACUGACAUGAUCAUUGAUGCUUGGAGCGAGUCACAGCUCAAGGAAUUCUGUGACAAGAACGGUAUUGCCGUUCCCCAGGGCACCAAGGCCAACGAACUUCGCGCCCUCGUCCGCAAGCAUCGAGCCGAUAUCCUCGGUGAUAACAUUUCUGCCAGCGCCGCAUCCGCCUACGGUGCUGCUACCUCUAACGCCCAGAACCAGUACGCCAAAGCUACCGAUAGCGCUUCUCUGGCUGCUCAGGACGCUUUCAACCAGGCCGUUGGAACUUGGUCCGAUAGCCGCCUCAAGUCUUACCUCGACGCCCGUGGUGUCCCCGUUCCCCAGGGCUCCAAGAAGAAUGAGCUCGAGGCCCUCGUCCGCAAGAAUGCUCAUGUCGCCUACCACGGUGGAAACGCCUGGACUUUUGAUGAUUUUAGCUAUGAUAACUUGAAGAAGUACCUUCAGCGCAACGGGGAUGCUGCUGCUAAGCAGGUAGUUGAGAAGAAGGAUGCUACUCGUGAUGAGCUCUAUGAUGCUGCUCAGUCCGCCUACUCUUCCGCCUCUUCGGCUGGAGGAUCUACCUGGGCUUCAGCCACUAGCUACCUCACUUCUGCCACAAACUCUGCGAAGCAGUCUGCCUUCGAUGAGUGGACCGAGACUGACCUCAAGGCCUACCUCGAUAGCUAUGGUGUGCCUGUGCCUCAAGGAUCUAAGCUUGAGGAUCUGAAGGCUGAAGCACGAAAGCAAUCCACCUACUUCAAGUACGGCACCAGCUCCCCGACUGGAACUUUCUUCGCUAAGCUCGGAGAAACCGCCCGCGACACCUACAACUGGGUUGCCAACCAGCUUCAGCUUGGUGGCCAGGCUGCGAAGCAGAAGGCUGCGGAGGCUGAGGCUGAUGCCAAGGCAAAGAUCCGCGAGGAGCUGUAA